AAUGGUGACAUGUAGGAAGUCGAUGGGUCGGCAGAAAGUUGUGGAGCUAUAAAGAUGAAGGCCAAAGUCGGCCAAUAUGUCAGAGCCAUUCAUGACUUCAAAACGGUGCAGAGAGGGGAGAUAACCUUGAGGAAAGGUGAUGUGAUCCUUAUAUCCGGGUGUAUUGACGAGAACUGGCUGUGUGGGCGAGUUGGGGUGCAUGAGGGCAACUUCCCUGCUAGCUUUGUGCAACAUGUAGACAUACCCACCAUCAGAAAUGGUCAGAAGCUCUUUGUGGCCAGCGAGAACUUCCCCGCUCAGGUGGAGGGAGAUCUGGAAUUCCGUAAAGGUGACAUGAUUGUUGGACUUCAGAAGAUUGACUCUAACUGGUGGAAGGGCAGUGUCCAUGGCAGGGUGGGGAUUUUCCCACUAACUCAUGCUGACCUGUUGGACACCCUGGAUGACAUUCCUCCGGAGAAUGUUCAUGAAUUUGGCAGACAGACGUCCUUUGGCACAAGCUCUGGGCCUCCCGCUGGUCAUCAGGUGGAGGCAGAAGCGCUGGUGGCGUCCACGCCACAGCUGGAUGAUGAGCUGGGUUUUAAUAAAGGUGACACAAUCCUGAUCACUGAGGUGAUAGAUGCGGACUGGUACCGGGGCCAUUGUCAUGGUCGCUCUGGCAUUUUCCUUUCUGACUGUGUCCAGGUGAUGGGUGACCUUAGUGUGUUAGGAGCAGAGCCUGUCAAACCCCGCCCUCGCUCCUUCUCCAGAACAACUGGCCACAGUUUUGAGGACACGGCCUCCUUACCUCAUCCCUCCUCCACUUCCAGCACUCUAAACAAGAUGACGUCUAACCAAGACAGCCCCAGUGGCAGUCAUAAGGGAACCUCCAGGAGCUCAAGUUUGGACAAUCGCAAUCGCAGUGCGUCAUACAACAGUGAGAACACACGCUCACGGGACAAUGAGGUUACACCCUAUGCCAAAACCCUGUACCCAUUUGUCUCACAGGCAGCCAAUGAGCUUACUUUUAUGGAUAAUGAGAUUGUGAAGUUGAUAAAGCAUGUGGACGACUCAUGGAUUGAGGGCGAGAUUGAUGGGAAGGCAGGACUGUUCCCGGCCAGUUUUGUGGAGAUCAUUGUGGACUGUCCAUACGAGUUUGAUGAGGGGAUGGAGCCCCGUCUGCAGGCAGGUGGGGAGAGGCCCUCAGGGGGCCCUGUGACUGGUGAUGUGAGGGAAGCCAGCAAAGGCCCAAGUGGAGGGGUGACAGAGGAGAGGUAUGGCCUGGUGCUUUACGACUUCACUGCCGAGUCCACACGAGACCUCAGCCUGUCAGAGGGAGACACCAUUAUUGUUCUCAGAAAGAUAGAUGACAAUUGGCUUGAGGCCAAAGAUGAGUCUGGAAAUGUUGGGAUGUGCCCAGUACAGUUUGUGGAGCUUAUAGGAGCUGAGCCACCAUCGUUAGCAGGUACUGUACACAAAGCAAAGCUAGACUCACAAGUUGACAAACAUGGCAGAAAAUCCAGGGAUUUUGACAUGACAAAGCUAAAUGGAGAAUCUGAGGGAAAGGUGAAAGUGUUUGAGGAUGUAGAUGAGGUGAGAGAGAAUCAGUCUGGAAUUUCCAACCAUGUUGAUUCUGACUCAUCUAGUUACAAUAUCCAGAAACCUGACAUCAUAAGUAAAAGAAAACCAGCCACACCCAUCGUGAAGCCACAGAUAAAACCAAAACCAGAGCUGAAGCCCAAGCCACUUGUUGCCCCUAAACCUGUGUUCAAGGGAGGUAAAUCUGUGCAGCCGAAGUCACGCCCUAACUCAACAGAGCUGUUUGCUAGCUCUCAGCUGUCAACCCUGGACUCUCUAAUCAAGGAGGAGUUGCUGAGGGGCGUAGAGGAGACGGGCAGGUCCAGGAGCUCCAGCCUACAGAGUGGGGGAUCCUCUGGGUCAGGAGGCCCAGGAUCUGCAUUUGAUAUUUCAGGGGCUGAGGGCCCAGGUUCACCUGGUGACAUGCCAAUGGAGGUCAAACCAGAGAUUUCAGCCACAGAGAAACGUAAACCACAGAAGCCUGCACCACCCAUGAAGGCCAUUGGCCGAGAGUCUGUGUUCUGUAAUAAGGCAUAUGAAGACGAUCAAGGCCGCUGUGAAAUGGGAGAACCCCAGAAGUCUGUGGGACAAUCAACGUUCUUCAUAGAGAGUGCAGGGACUGAUGUGGACGACUUAGGCGGGGUGGGUAGGACAUCGGUAUACGGGAGUAAGAGACCUCAGCCCACCAGACCACCACCCACUAGGCGCCCACCAGUCCCUGUGAGCCGCUCCAGCACCUUAGAUGAUGCAGAAGUUUACCGGCGCCCUUCUCUGAGGAAACCACCUCCCCCAAGGCCCACGGGACCCAGAGUGGCGUCCGCACCCCCAAAGGCAGUCAUGACCCCCGUGAUAAUGGAUCCCACUGUAAUGACCAGAGUUGAUGCUGCAGCAGGUGCCCUUUCAACGAGGCCCUCGCGACCCGCCCCACCGCGGCCUCUACCUCGCUCCUCACCUCCACAGAGACCACCUCCAAAACCGUCACCCCGCAGUCCUACAGAUCUGAUGUCCUUCAGCCCUAACUCUACUCAGGACAAGACUGAAGAUGAUUGUGAAGCUGUGGCAGACCUUAGGAAGAGAAUAGCCGAGGUACAGACUGACUUACAGAAAUACCUGAAGUCUCAGCAAGAACUUGAAAUGAUGAUGUCAAGAGUGAGUGAUGAAGAUGAUAAAGAGGAAAUUGAAGAUAACUUAACAUUUUACCAAGCAAACAUAACAGGCUUAUCAGAAGAACUGUCUAAACUAACAGCUGACCUGCACCAGUUGACGGGAGAGGGAGACAGGAGUGGGAAGGGGACAGAAGAGGUGCUGGGAGCACCUCGGAGUGUGCAGCAGUUGCGGCUGGAGGAGGAGCAGGAAGAGCAGAGAAAGAAGAGGGAGGAGGAGGAGAGGAGGGAGCGCGAGGAGCGGAGGGUCGAGAGGGAAAGGAAACGACAAAACGUGAUUGAUGAGCUGCUGCAGACAGAGAAGGAUUACCUGCUCUACCUACAACUGGUUGUGGAGCACUUUCUGGGACCAUCUGCUGAAAAGAUGUCCUCCAUAGACAGUGAAGUACUGUUUGGUAACAUGGAAGAGAUAGCUGAUGUGGCCCAGAAACUGCUGUCAGCCAUGAAGGAGUGUGUGAAUGGGAAGCCCUUCAGUGAGCAGGUUGUAGGCCGAUGUUUUGUUAACCUGGCUGAAGACAUGAAGAAUGCCUACGCACCUUACUGCAGAAACCAUGAUGAUGUACAUGUUUUGCUGGAGAAGUAUGAGGAGAACCUGGCUAUCCAGCAGCAUGUUGACACGGUCCUUGACAAGAUUCGUGAGAAGGUCAAUGUAUUUGACCUUGGAUCUCUUCUGAUCAAACCUGUUCAACGAAUUCUGAAAUAUCCCCUGCUGCUGAAUGAACUGCUCAAGACAACAGAAGAUGACCAUCCUGAUAAGGCAGAGCUGCUGCAGUCUAUUAAUGCCAUGACAGAUGUAGCGACAGCCAUCAACGAGUAUAAGAGGCGCAAAGAUUUGGUUUUCAAGUACAAAAAGACGGAGGAGAAGUUCGGUGACAAGAUUGCCAAGUUAAAUCUUCAUUCCUUAAAGAAAAAGUCAACUCGUUUGAGGGCCAGACUUUCUACUAACCUGGGCAUUAGUUUACAGACCAAAGAUGAAACCUUUCACAAAUAUGAGGCUCGGUUUCGUGCCAUGGAAAAAAUUGUGAGGACUUUUGUGAGGGAUGUGCAGACAUACCUGGACCAGAUUCAGGAGAGUGUCUUGUUACAAGAUGCUGUGGCUGCAGACAUCACUGACUACUAUGAUGACAGGAAGGAUGCUCAUGAGGUUCAGAAGUACCAGAAAGCCUUGAGUACACUGGCCACGGAGCUCUUCACUCAGUUUAGGACAACAGUGGAGAAACUGGUGCUGGUCCCACUAAACAAUCUUGUCAGUCUGUUUGAGGGUCCCUCCAACGUGAUUCAGAAACGCUUUGACAAACUGCUGGACUAUGACAGCUUGUACAAGAAGGUCAAGGAUGUGGACAAAUCCAGAGUGGCCAAAGAGGCUCUGCAAGCAGCAAAAAAUGAUUAUGAAGCUAUGAAUGCACAAUUGUUGGAUGAGUUACCCAAGCUGCACCAGUUGAGUUUUUCUCUGCUUAAAGACUGUAUGGGAGCAUUUGUGCGUGCUCAGAGAAGCUUCACUGAUCAGACGCUGAACAACAUGUACCCUCUGCUGGAGUUACCCAUGCUGUUAACGAAUGGAGAAUCAGUGAUGGAAACUUUCAAUAUUAAGCAUGUCUCCGCCGUGGACAGGAUCUCUCAUUACAGCUUUAUACCUAAAGGCUUUAACCCUCGAGUGGAGGCCAGCAAAUUGGAGAAGAGAUCCAAACGGAACUCUCUGGACCCUCAGAUGCUGCGCACUCCCACGUCGUCCCCUGGAUCAUCCCUUCCCCCUGUUGCUGCUCAGGGAAGCCCCCAGAGUCCCAGUCAGAAGGUGUUUGUACAGCAGAGUUACCCGCCGGAGAAGACCUAUCGUGUGCUGCACAAUUACACUGCGCUCAAUGUCCUGGACCUCACUGUGUGGGAAGGAGAUGUAGUCGGAGUCAUCAAAUCCUCAGAUCCCAUGGGCGACAAAGACAGGUGGUUCGUUGAUAAUGGAGAGGCUAAAGGCUUCAUCCCAAAGAAGUUACUCACACCAUUCCAGCCCAGCCCUGGAAGAGUCCUUGACUUCUCUGAGAACUUGGGCCUGAGGAUGAGAUGUGAAGAUGAGGCAGAGAGUGAGUUGCUUGGCGACGAGGAUGUCUUCACAAAGCUGCAGGUGGAUUGGUCAGCUGCUUCCCCAACCCUCAGCUCCUCCAACCUCCACGACACUCUCCCUACUGCUAACGACCCUCCCCCUCCUUACCCAGAUGAGUUUUACUGUGCGGAGUAUGCCUUCUCUGCGCGGAACUCUAAUGAGGUGUCCCUGUUUGAAGGUCAGGUGGUGUCUGUGAUCAGUAAAGAGGACCUAGACGGCAACAUGGAGUGGUGGUGGGUGGACGCGGAUGGCCAACAGGGCUUCGCUCCCGCGGCGUACCUCAGUCAGAUAGAGGACAAAACAGGAUGACCCCAGGCUCUGAUCAGAUAGAAUCAGUGUUAUCCAAAUUAGUUCAUUGUUAUAUAUUUCCAAUAUUUAUUUAUAUCUGUAAAUAUACCAUUAUAUCACUGGUGUAUUGAAUUGCUAUGCAUGCAGAGCUUUUUAUAUACAUAUAUAGUUACAAAUGUGUUUGUAUUUCAAGAUGUCCGUAUAAAUUAAUUUUUUUUACUAGAAAUUUUAAAUUGAAUAAUUCUUACUGUUUUUUUUUUAUUUACAAUAAUUGUAUUAUUUACAACAGUAUGCAAACUUCUGUUUUCUGUUCAGGUAUGGUUUAGUCCCUGUUCUUGUUUGACUCUCAGUGCAUUCAGAUGAGUCUUGUUGGAUCCAGUCAUGCUGGGUAUUCAGCCGGUGUGGAUCAGCCUCCAGUCAUGCUGGAUAUUCAGCAGGUGUGAAUCAGCAUCCAGUCAUGCUGGGUAUUCAGCCGGUGUGGAUCAGCAUCCAGUCAUGCUGGAUAUUCAGCCGGUGUGGAUCAGCCUCCAGUCAUGCUGGGUA